CGUCCUCGUGCCUGCACAUCGUCAAUCGUGAAACAGUCGCUCGAAGAGUCGAAGCUCGUUAUUUCCAUCCAUUGCCCCACCUUCAUCAUGGCGGUUCCCACGGCGACCUCUCUCAAGGACAUAUACCCUGAGGAUGCGAUUGCGCACCAGCAGAAGCGCUGGGAGCACCUGCUCGCCUCGUUCAAAGAGAAAUACGGCAAGCCCGCCGACUUCGUGUCGCGGAGCCCUGGUCGCGUGAACAUCAUCGGCGAACACAUCGACUACUCGCUGUACGAAGUGCUCCCCAUGGCUGUAACGACCGACGUGCUCAUCGCCGUCGCCGUACGCCCCACCACCGAAGAACCACGCAUCCGGAUCGCGAACGUCAACCCCGAGAAAUUCCCUACACGCGAGUUUGAAAUCCCGAAGCAGGGCGAGAUUCCGAUUGACGCGACGUCGCACGAGUGGACAAACUACUUUAAGUCCGGGCUACGCGGCGCGUCGAAGCUGUUGACACAGAAGCGCGGCGAUGGGAAAGACUUCGUCUCGGUGGGCAUGGACCUCUUGCUGGAUGGCACGGUGCCGGCUGGCGGUGGACUGUCCAGCAGUGCAGCAUUUGUGUGCGCUAGCGCUUUGGCUGUCAUGAAGGCAAAUGGCGAGGAGAGCGUGGACAAGAAGGAGCUUGUGGAGCUCGCUGUCGUCUCUGAGCGUGCUGUGGGUGUGAACUCCGGCGGCAUGGACCAGUCUGCCUCUGUCUUCUCUGACCGCGGAAGUGCACUCUACGUCUCCUUCAAGCCCACACUUUCUGCCAAGCCUAUUUCAUUCCCUCACACUGACCCUGAACUCACCUUUGUCAUCGCUCAGUCGUUCGUAGCAGCAGACAAGCACGUCACGGCGCCCGUCUGCUACAAUCUGCGUGUAGUGGAGUGCUCAGUGGCGGCCGUUUACCUCGCCAAGGUCUUCAACCUGAAGAAGCCUCUCCCGGAGGACUCUUCUCCUCUAAAAGUCAGUCUGCGUGGCUUCCACGAUGCCUUUUGUGAGGAACGCGAAGGCAAGACGGAAAACAGCAAAACCUCGCUUGAAGAAUUCCAAGCGCAGCUGCAACGGCUUGUCCAGCUCACCGAAGACUACCUCAUUCAAGAAGAAGGCUACACACGCGAAGAGAUUUGCGACCUGCUCGGCAUCAGUAUCGAUGAGUUCAACCAGCGCUUCACGUCGCAAUUCCCGGUACGGGCGGAGCGGUUCAAGCUGCGCCAGCGUGCCCUGCACGUUUUCAAUGAAGCGAUCCGUGUCGGGAAGUUCCUGACGCUGCUGACCUCUCCGCCUGCCGAGUCUGGCCCUACCACGCAGCUGCUGCAAGACCUGGGCGAGCUCAUGAACGCGACCCAGACGUCCUGCCGCGACGUAUAUGAGUGCAGCUGCCCGGAGCUGGACGAGCUGUGCGGGCUCGCGCUCGGCGCGGGAGCGCUAGGCAGCCGCCUUACGGGUGCCGGGUGGGGCGGAUGCAGCGUCCAUCUUGUGCCGAAGGAUAAGGUGGACGCGGUGAAGCAAGCUUGGGUGGACGGUUACUACAAGAAGAAGUGGCCAGAGAUUACGCAGGAGAGGCUGGAAGAGGCGAUUGUGGUGUCGAAGCCUGGGUCCGGAAGCUCGGUUUUUAAGGUCGUGGGGGAUAAGGUCGUUUGAAUGCCGGAGGUGAUGAUUGAUUGCUGCCUGGAACGGUGAGGCAUUUUGGUAUAAUGGUGGAUCUCUGCGUAGCCAGAUAGACGG